AUGAAGAGGAAACAGAAGAGAUUUCUGCAGAUGACUUUGUUAUUCACGGUGGCUUUAAUUUUCCUGCCUAACAUUGGUCUCUGGUCUCUGUACAAGGAUAAGCACCUGGUGAAGUCAGCGGAACCCGGGGAGCAGCAGACAUUUCCACUGGGCCUGGGAGAUGGGCAAUUCUAUUCAUGGACAGAUGGUUUGAGAAGAAAGGACUGGCAUGACUAUGAAAGCAUUCAGAAAGAGGCUAUGCGCUCAGGGAAAGGUGAACAUGGGAAACCUUACCCCCUUACUGAAGAGGACCAUGAUGACUCAGCUUACAGGGAAAAUGGUUUUAAUAUUUUCGUCAGCAACAACAUUGCUCUAGAGAGAUCUCUGCCAGAUAUUCGUCAUGCUAACUGUAAGCACAAGAUGUAUCUGGAAAGGCUGCCAAACACCAGCAUCAUUAUCCCAUUUCAUAAUGAAGGUUGGACUUCACUCCUGCGGACCAUACACAGUAUAAUUAACCGAACCCCAGAGAGUCUGAUAGCAGAAAUCAUUCUAGUAGAUGACUUCAGUGAGAGAGAACACCUGAAGGAUAAAUUGGAAGAAUACAUGGCCCGAUUUUCCAAAGUGAGGAUUGUUCGCACCAAGAAAAGAGAAGGACUCAUCAGGACCCGUCUCCUGGGGGCAUCUAUGGCCAGAGGAGAAGUCCUAACGUUCCUGGACUCCCACUGCGAGGUCAAUGUGAACUGGCUGCCCCCACUCCUCAACCAAAUUGCACUAAACCACAAAACCAUCGUGUGUCCCAUGAUCGAUGUCAUUGACCACAAUCACUUUGGGUAUGAGGCACAAGCUGGGGAUGCCAUGCGAGGAGCCUUCGACUGGGAAAUGUACUACAAAAGAAUCCCCAUCCCUCCAGAGCUCCAGAGGGCAGAUCCCAGCGACCCUUUUGAGUCUCCUGUUAUGGCUGGAGGUCUCUUUGCUGUGGAUCGGAAAUGGUUUUGGGAAUUGGGUGGCUAUGAUCCAGGUUUAGAAAUCUGGGGCGGAGAACAGUAUGAAAUCUCUUUUAAGGUUUGGAUGUGUGGAGGAGAAAUGUUUGAUGUUCCGUGUUCCAGAGUUGGUCAUAUCUACAGGAAGUACGUUCCAUACAAAGUUCCAUCUGGGACCAGCCUGGCAAGAAACCUGAAGCGGGUAGCUGAGACCUGGAUGGAUGAAUUUGCCGAGUACAUUUACCAGCGGCGGCCGGAGUACAGGCAUCUCUCCACGGGGGACAUCUCUGCCCAGAAGGAGCUGCGCAAGCAGCUCAAGUGCAAGGACUUCAAAUGGUUCAUGGCUGCUGUGGCCUGGGACGUGCCUAAAUACUACCCUCCAGUGGAGCCCCCGCCUGCUGCCUGGGGGGAGAUCCGAAAUGUGGCAGCAAAUCUCUGUGUGGACAGCAAGCAUGGAGCCACCGGAACAGAGCUGAGGCUGGACAUCUGUGUCAAGGAUGGUUCUGAAAGAACAUGGUCUCAUGAACAGGACAGAACAUUAUUCCAUCCUGUGAGCAACAGCUGCAUGGAUUGCAACCCCGCAGAGAAGAAGAUUGUCAUGGCCAGAUGUGACCCUCUCUCUGAGACUCAGCAGUGGAUUUUUGAACACAUUAAUAUGACUGUUUUAGAAAAACUUAACCACCAUGCCAGCUCCUAG